CUUUAAACUUUUCACUUUCUUUCAGUUGAAACGCAUCUAUCUGUCGUCCUAGAACUUCACCCCGAAGUAUUCCCAGCAUUAUUAUUUCUGUAUCUUAUACGCCAUUUGGGUUUUUAUCUUCCGGCCAGAGAUUUUACAGAGCUCAGGUUUAGUGGGGGGAUGGCUAUUGCAAGAUUUGGGCGUCAAGUGAAGCGUUCAUAUCAGUCGUUUGGGUUCUGUGUGAAGUUAACUGCGGUUGUGAUCUUGGGUCUUUGUUUUGUGGUGACUUGGUCGGUGUUUUCGCCUUCUUCUUACUCGGUGGCCUCUCAAAGAGAGACCUUUGAUGACAUUGCUGAGCCAAUUUCUGGGAAUGGGAAGAAAUUUAAUGGGGUUGAGGUUGGGGUUAUUCAUCCCAAGAAGGAAGAGCCAGUAAAGAGGGAGGAGAAAGAGGGUAAUGAAAGAUUAAAGGCUGAAUCUGGUGAGAAGGAGGAGAAGAAAGAGCUGAAAUUGGAUGAUGGAGGGGGGAAAGGGAAAGGGAAAGAGAAGGGAGAGGGUUUAGAGGUUCCCAAAGAGGUUGGGGAAGAGAAGAAAAAGGAGGAUGAUCAUGGACCCGAAGGCGAGGAUUCGAAAAAAGAAGAAGAUGAAGAGAAUGGAGAUGUAGAUCAAGGGGAGGGGUUUGAGGAGAAAGGGAAUGAGGAUAUGGUUAGUGAUGAUGGGUUGGAUCAAGAACCUCAAGAGAAGGUGGAUGAUAAGAAAACCAAGAAAUUGGGGCCCUUGUUUGAUCCAAAACCACAUUACACUUGGCAAUCGUGUAACACGAGAAGCAAACAUAACUACAUCCCUUGCAUCGACAUUGAGAUCUCUACCCGGAAGGUGCAAAGUUAUAGGCACCACGAAAGGACUUGCCCUAAGGCACAUCAAUUGUGUCUUGUUCCACUCCCCCCCGAAGGUUACGAGACUCCAGUAAGCUGGCCCGAAAGCAUUUCUAAGAUAAUAUACAAGAAUCUAGCACACCCAAAAUUGGCCGAGUUUGUUAAGACUCAAAACUGGGUAGUGGAGUCUGGCGAAUAUCUCACUUUUCCACAGGACCAGUCUGCUUUGAAGGGUGGAAUUCGCCACUACCUGGAUUCCAUCGAGGAAAUGGUCCCGGACAUCAUGUGGGGAAAGAAUAUCCGUGUAGUGCUGGAUAUCGGGUGCAAAGAUUCAAGCUUUGUUGCAUCUCUAGUUGAAAAGGAUGUACUGGCACUUACUUUGGGAUUGAAAGAUGACCUUGUUGACCUAGCACAAGUCGCCCUCGAGCGGGGUUUUCCCGCAGUGGUUAGCCCGUUUGCUACCCGGAGACUCCCGUUCCCUAGUGGUGUUUUUGACGCAAUUCAUUGUGGCGAAUGCCACAUUUCUUGGCAUUCUAAUGGGGGCAAACUUCUUCUCGAGAUGAACAGGGUCCUGAGACCCGGAGGUUAUUUUAUUUUAUCAACAACACACAAUAGUGUCGAGGCUGAAGAAGCUAUGUCCACGCUCACCGUAUCUAUUUGUUGGAAUAUCCUGGCUGAUAAAACCGAUGAAGAAAGUGAUAUAGGCAUUAAAGUAUAUCAAAAGCCCGAAGCAAAUGAUUUAUAUGAAGUGAGAAGGAAAAAGGUUCCUCCUUUAUGCAACGUGAAAGAGAACCCAGAUUCUGCCUGGAAUGCUCCUAUCAAAAUUUGCUUGCAUCAGAUUCCUUCAGCAAUUGAAGAACGAGGGAGUGAGUGGCCCGAGGAGUGGCCAAAGAGGCUCGAAACCUUUCCCGACUGGAUGAACAAUAGAGAAAAGUUGAUUGCAGACGAUGCACACUGGAAAGCUAUAGUGGACAAAUCUUACCUUGUUGGUUUGGGUAUCGACUGGUCCAAAAUUCGGAAUGCAAUGGACAUGAAAGCAAUCAAUGGAGGAUUUGCAGCUGCUCUCGCACAGCAGAAGGUUUGGGUAAUGAACGUUGUCCCUGUACAUGCUCCGAACACCCUUCCAAUAAUCUUCGAACGUGGUCUCGUUGGCAUAUACCACGACUGGUGCGAGUCAUUUGGAACUUACCCGAGAUCUUACGACCUUCUCCAUGCUGAUCAUCUAUUCUCGAGGCUCAAGAACAGGUGUAAGCAGCCUGUAGUUAUUGUAGUUGAGAUGGAUCGUAUAUUAAGGCCAGGCGGUUGGGUCAUUAUACGUGACAAAGUAGAGAUACUCGACCCACUCGAGAGAAUCUUAAGAAGCUUGAACUGGGAGAUUCGACUUACUUUUGCUCAAAACAAAGAGGGUAUCCUCUGUGCACAGAAAACCUCAUGGCGACCCUGAAAUUUUUAUCGAACCAUCUGAUUUUAUCACACUUGUCCAAAACCAAAAAGGAAAAAACGAAGCAAUAUAUAUACUGUGUCUGGAUGGAUGGAUACAGAGGAAAACGCCAAUGCUCGUGAUUAAGCUGGCACUCAGAUUAGCUGCUGGAAUGCAUUCUUUGUACUUAUUGUUGUACCGACUUCUAACAUACGCGAAAAGAGUCGUCUUUCCUACAGUUUAACACUGGAAUUUUCCCUGCUGUACUUUUUUGUUCAUGCAUGGUGUUCAGUGGUUUUGUUGUUGAGGUUGUAUAGAUUUAGAGUUAAUGAUGUUUUUUGUCAGGCUACUGAAUUGUUCUUGCCUACAUUGUAUAAUUCAAGGAGAGAUUGUUUCUGUUUGUUUGAGGCUAUCAGAAUUCCAAACCAUAUGUGCAACAUUGCUUCAUCAAAGAGAAUGUUUUUUCUUUUGGUU